AUGAUGUCUGGAACGAAAGUGACAGCCUCUGGCACCUUGGACUUCAGAAAUUUGCGGCGCAAAGUGGGGAAGUGCGCCCUGACAGUGGGAGCAUGCCACCAAGUCAGAGUUCUUGUGAGACAGCGUCGCCAUGCCGUCCUUGCACUUGGUUUACUGGAAAUUGCUGAGCAAUCUUCUGAAGAGACCGAGCCGCCUCUACCAUCACCCAGUGGAGUUCCAGAAAGCUCCAACUGGGCCAAGGGCUAUGUGGACAAGUUGGGGCUGGUUCAUUUGGCAGACUCCUGCCGUCUGGCGGGUGUUCAGAAAGCUUUGGCAGAGGAGUUUGGCUUUGAGCCUGUGACGACCAGUGUGAGUGAACCGGUUUCCUGGAAACAGAACUUCAUGUUCGACAACCACCCCAGGACCAGUCCCUUGGUUGCCCCAAUCGAUUUCAUGCUCUAUGGCCGAAUGGACGACGGUGAGCCUUUCAGAUUGUGCUUGAUUCCUGGAUACUCAGUCUCAGUGGAAAAGCUAGAUUCUGUGAUGUUCCACAUGGCGCAAUCUCGCAAGCGGGUCUACAUUAUUAUGGUCCGUGGCGACCUUUGCAAUGCAGCCUUUGCUGGUGAGUUGGAGAUGUUGUGA